GAAGUACUGCUGAAAAUGUUGUGUAAUAGUGAAAUCCAACAAGACUUUAAAACUUUUCGAGUAAUGUUCUCGAUAUUAGUUCUAUUGUACAUAUCUGUGCAAUUAAGUGUAACAUUGCCUAUGUCAGAUACAGAUUAUAGUACAACAGCUGCCAUAUUAACAAACAAUUCAACAAAUGAUACGGUUGAUGAUAAUUUAUAUGUCAUAAAAGCAGUGGUAUAUGAAAUUGGCAUUCUAACAGAUGCAAAUGACACAAAUGAUGAUCCCACAGAGAGGCAAGAUGUUAAAAUUUCAUUCUACAAUCCACCAAGUAAAAAUGAAGGAACUUAGAAAGCAAUUCUAAUUCAUGUACCUGGUGUUACUUGACACAUUACAUAUAGCCAUUCAUCAAAUGUUGAUAAUGUAAACACACACUAGUAUAUUAUUAAAUAAGAUUUUUAAAGAAUAAAA